GCGUCGCCGGCGUCCGCCCAGAACAUGCAGCUGUCCGAGGAGGUAAUCGCGGAGUUCCGCGAGGCGUUCGCGCUGUUCGACAAGGACGGCGACGGCGUCAUCUCGACCAAAGAGCUGGGAACCGUGAUGCGCGCCCUGGGCCAGAACCCGACCGAGGCCGAGCUGAAGGACAUGAUCGCGGAGGUGGACAUUGAUGGUUCGGGAAACAUCGACUUUCCCGAGUUCCUGGCCAUGAUGACCAAGAAGACGCGGACGGUGGACAGCGAGGACGAGAUUCGUGAAGCCUUCAAGGUAUUCGACAGGGACGGCAACGGUUUCAUAACGGCUGCGGAGUUGCGUCACGUGAUGACCACCUUGGGCGAGAAGCUCACCGAUGAAGAGGUCGACGAAAUGAUCCGCGAGGCCGACGUCGACGGCGACGGGCAGAUAAACUACGAGGAGUUUGUGGCUCUCAUGACCUCCACCUGA